AUGAAGGCUCUAAUCCUUGUCGGCGGGUUUGGCACUCGUCUGCGACCUCUUACCCUCACCCUCCCAAAGCCCCUUGUCGAGUUCGGCAACCGGCCCAUGAUCCUCCACCAGAUCGAGGCUCUUGCAGCCGUGGGCGUCAAAGACAUUGUGCUCGCCGUCAACUACCGACCCGAGAUGAUGACCGCAGCGCUGAAGAAGUACGAGGAGCAAUAUGGUGUCAACAUCGAGUACUCGGUCGAGACUGAGCCCCUGGGCACCGCAGGUCCAUUGAAGCUGGCAGCAAAGACAUUGGGCAAGGAUGAUGAGCCAUUCUUCGUUCUCAAUUCCGAUGUCAUCUGCGACUUCCCAUUCAAAGAGCUCGUACAAUUCCACAAGUCACACGGCCAGGAGGGUACCAUUGUGGUGACCAAGGUCGAGGAGCCGUCCAAGUACGGUGUGGUUGUGCACAAGCCAGACCACCCAUCGCGCAUCGAUCGUUUCGUUGAGAAACCCGUCGAGUUUGUUGGCAACCGCAUCAACGCUGGUCUCUACAUCCUCAACCCAUCUGUCCUCGAUCGCAUUGAGCUUCGCCCUACAUCCAUCGAGCAGGAGACAUUCCCGGAGAUGGUCAAGGCUGGUCAGCUCCACUCAUUCGAUCUCGAGGGCUUCUGGAUGGACGUUGGUCAGCCAAAGGAUUUCCUCAGUGGUACCUGCCUCUACCUCUCCUCCCUGACCAAGAAGGGCAGCAAGCUGCUCACUCCAACCUCGGAGUCUUAUGUGAACGGUGGCAAUGUCAUGAUUGAUCCAUCCGCCAAGAUUGGCCAGAACUGCAAGAUUGGCCCCAACGUGACAAUCGGACCCAACGUGGUCAUUGGCGACGGCGUCAGGCUUCAGCGCAGUGUGCUCCUGGCGGGCAGCAAGAUCAAGGAGCACGCAUGGGUCAAGAGCACAAUCGUCGGCUGGAACAGCACAGUCGGCCGAUGGGCACGCCUCGAGAACGUGUCGGUGUUGGGCGACGACGUGACUAUUGGCGACGAAAUCUACUGCAACGGUGCCUCGGUGCUGCCACACAAGAGCAUCAAGGCAAACGUCGAGACUCCGGCGAUCAUCAUGUAG